GGCCAAUCAGAGGGCAGCGCGAGGGGGCGGGGCCAUAGUUUAAACUAAUUGUGCGCUCACAGCGCUGGCGCGAGCCCACGAAGAGGUACGAUUCCGGAGAAUCGCGAGGCAGAGCGGGAGCGCGCAGCCAGGUGGAAACUAAUUCUAAGCCAGACUGCUGGAGAUCACCCUGUUCUAGUGUGUGGAGGCUUCCACCAGGAGACAGGGUCUCUCUCUGUCACCCAGACUGGAGUGCAAUGGCGGGAUCUCAGCUCACUGCAACCUCCACCUCUCGGGUUCAAGCGAUUCUCCUGCCUCAGCCUCCCUAGUAGCUAUGAUUACAGGCAUGUGCCACCAUGCCCAGCUAAUUUUUUGUAUUUUUAGUAGAGACAGGGUUUCACCACGUUGGUCAGGCUGGUCUUGAACUCCUGACCUCAAGCGAUCCACCCGCCUUGGCCGCCCAAAGUGCUAGGAUUACAGGCGUGAGCCACCGCGCCCUGCCAAAAACUGGUCUUUCUCCUGGUACUCCUCCCAAAUCACAAGUGUGUUGAGGGCUGAAACACAAGUGUGUUGAGGGAACAAGUGUGUUUCAACAUGUUGCUCUAUAGGAAACUGCAGCUGAGGAGCCAUUGCAGUCCCAUCUCCAGAAGACCCCCAGAAAGAGUUGGAAGAGUUCUUCAGGCUGUGGCAGCCACUGCCCACCAACACACCCAAAUCAAUCAAGAUGAAUCCCAGGCGCAUUGGAGUGACUGUCUGGCAUCACCAAGAUGACACUCCACGCCACCCGGGGGGCUGCACUCCUCUCUUGGGUGAACAGUCUACACGUGGCUGACCCUGUGGAGGCUGUGCUGCAGCUCCAGGACUGCAGCAUCUUCAUCAAGAUCAUUGACAGAAUCCAUGGCACUGAAGAGGGACAGCAAAUCUUGAAGCAGCCGGUGUCAGAGAGACUGGACUUUGUGUGCAGUUUUCUGCAGAAAAAUCGAAAACAUCCCUCUUCCCCAGAAUGCCUGGUAUCUGCACAGAAGGUGCUAGAGGGAUCAGAGCUGGAACUGGCGAAGAUGACCAUGCUGCUCUUAUACCACUCUACCAUGAGCUCCAAAAGUCCCAGGGACUGGGAACAGUUUGAAUAUAAAAUUCAGGCUGAGUUGGCUGUCAUUCUUAAAUUUGUGCUGGACCAUGAGGACGGGCUAAACCUUAAUGAGGACCUAGAGAACUUCCUACAGAAAGCUCCUGUGCCUUCUACCUGUUCUAGCACAUUCCCUGAAGAGCUCUCCCCACCUAGCCACCAGGCCAAGAGGGAGAUUCGCUUCCUAGAGCUACAGAAGGUUGCCUCCUCUUCCAGUGGGAACAACUUUCUCUCAGGUUCUCCAGCUUCUCCCAUGGGUGAUAUCCUGCAGACCCCACAGUUCCAGAUGAGACGGCUGAAGAAGCAGCUUGCUGAUGAGAGAAGUAAUAGGGAUGAGCUGGAGCUGGAGCUAGCUGAGAACCGCAAGCUCCUCACCGAGAAGGAUGCACAGAUAGCCAUGAUGCAGCAGCGCAUUGACCGCCUAGCCCUGCUGAAUGAGAAGCAGGCGGCCAGCCCACUGGAGCCCAAGGAGCUUGAGGAGCUGCGUGACAAGAAUGAGAGCCUUACCAUGCGGCUGCAUGAAACCCUGAAGCAGUGCCAGGACCUGAAGACAGAGAAGAGCCAGAUGGAUCGCAAAAUCAACCAGCUUUCGGAGGAGAAUGGAGACCUUUCCUUUAAGCUGCGGGAGUUUGCCAGUCAUCUGCAGCAGCUACAGGAUGCCCUCAAUGAGCUGACGGAGGAGCACAGCAAGUCCACUCAGGAGUGGCUAGAGAAGCAGGCCCAGCUGGAGAAGGAGCUCAGCGCAGCCCUGCAGGACAAGAAAUGCCUUGAAGAGAAGAACGAAAUCCUUCAGGGAAAACUUUCACAGCUGGAAGAACACUUGUCCCAGCUGCAGGAUAACCCACCCCAGGAGAAGGGCGAGGUGCUGGGUGAUGUCUUGCAGCUGGAAACCUUGAAGCAAGAGGCAGCCACUCUUGCUGCAAACAACACACAGCUCCAAGCCAGGGUAGAGAUGCUGGAGACUGAGCGAGGCCAGCAGGAAGCCAAGCUGCUUGCUGAGCGGGACCACUUCGAAGAAGAAAAGCAGCAGCUGUCUAGCCUGAUCACCGACCUGCAGAGCUCCAUCUCCAACCUCAGCCAGGCCAAGGAAGAGCUGGAGCAGGCCUCCCAGGCUCAUGGGGCCCGGUUGACUGCCCAGGUGGCCUCUCUGACCUCUGAGCUCACCACACUCAAUGCCACCAUCCAGCAACAGGAUCAAGAACUGGCUGGCCUGAAGCAGCAGGCCAAAGAGAAGCAGGCCCAGCUAGCACAGACCCUCCAACAGCAAGAACAGGCCUCCCAGGGCCUCCGCCACCAGGUGGAGCAGCUAAGCAGUAGCCUGAAGCAGAAGGAGCAGCAGUUGAAGGAGGUAGCGGAGAAGCAGGAGGCAACUAGGCAGGACCAUGCCCAGCAACUGGCCACUGCUGCAGAGGAGCGAGAGGCCUCCUUAAGGGAGCGGGAUACGGCUCUCAAGCAGCUGGAGGCACUGGAGAAGGAGAAGGCUGCCAAGCUGGAGAUUCUGCAGCAGCAACUUCAGGCGGCUAAUGAAGCCCGGGACAGUGCCCAGACCUCAGUGACACAGGCCCAGCGGGAGAAGGCAGAGCUGAGCCGGAAGGUGGAGGAACUCCGGGCCUGUGUUGAGACAGCCCGCCAGGAACAGCAUGAGGCCCAGGCCCAGGUUGCAGAGCUAGAAUUGCAGCUGCGGUCUGAGCAGCAAAAAGCAACUGAGAAAGAAAGGGUGGCCCAGGAGAAGGACCAGCUCCAGGAGCAGCUCCAGGCCCUCAAAGAGUCCUUGAAGGUCACCAAGGGCAGCCUUGAAGAGGAGAAGCGCAGGGCUGCAGAUGCCCUGGAAGAGCAGCAACGUUGUAUCUCUGAGCUGAAGGCAGAGACCCGAAGCCUGGUGGAGCAGCAUAAGCGGGAACGAAAGGAGCUGGAAGAAGAGAGGGCUGGGCGCAAGGGGCUGGAGGCUCGAUUACAGCAGCUUGGGGAGGCCCAUCAGGCUGAGACUGAAGUCCUGCGGCGGGAGCUGGCAGAGGCCAUGGCUGCCCAGCGCACAGCUGAGAGUGAGUGUGAGCAGCUCGUCAAAGAAGUAGCUGCCUGGCGUGAGCGGUAUGAGGAUAGCCAGCAAGAGGAGGCACAGUAUGGCGCCAUGUUCCAGGAACAGCUGAUGACUUUGAAGGAGGAAUGUGAGAAGGCCCGCCAGGAGCUGCAGGAGGCAAAGGAGAAGGUGGCAGGCAUAGAAUCCCACAGCGAGCUCCAGAUAAGCCGGCAGCAGAACGAACUAGCUGAGCUCCAUGCCAACCUGGCCAGAGCACUCCAGCAGGUCCAAGAGAAGGAAGUCAGGGCCCAGAAGCUUGCAGAUGACCUCUCCACUCUGCAGGAAAAGAUGGCUGCCACCAGCAAAGAGGUGGCCCGCUUGGAGACCUUGGUGCGCAAGGCAGGUGAGCAGCAGGAAACAGCCUCCCGGGAGUUAGUCAAGGAGCCUGCGAGGGCAGGAGACAGACAGCCCGAGUGGCUGGACGAGCAACAGGGACGCCAGUUCUGCAGCACACAGGCAGCGCUGCAGGCUAUGGAGCGGGAGGCGGAGCAGAUGGGCAAUGAGCUGGAACGGCUGCGGGCCGCGCUGAUGGAGAGCCAGGGGCAGCAGCAGGAGGAGCGUGGGCAGCAGGAAAGGGAGGUGGCGCGGCUGACCCAGGAGCGGGGCCGUGCCCAGGCUGACCUUGCCCUGGAGAAGGCGGCCAGAGCAGAGCUUGAGAUGCGGCUGCAGAACGCCCUCAACGAGCAGCGUGUGGAGUUCGCUACCCUGCAAGAGGCACUGGCUCAUGCCCUGACAGAAAAGGAAGGCAAGGACCAGGAGUUGGCCAAGCUUCGUGGUCUGGAGGCAGCCCAGAUAAAAGAGCUGGAGGAACUUCGGCAAACCGUGAAGCAACUGAAGGAACAGCUGGCUAAGAAAGAAAAGGAGCACGCAUCUGGCUCAGGAGCCCAAUCUGAGGCUGCUGGCAGGACAGAGCCAACAGGCCCCAAGCUGGAGGCACUGCGGGCAGAGGUGAGCAAGCUGGAACAGCAAUGCCAGAAGCAGCAGGAGCAGGCUGACAGCCUGGAACGCAGCCUCGAGGCUGAGCGGGCCUCCCGGGCUGAGCGGGACAGUGCUGUGGAGACUCUGCAGGGCCAGUUAGAGGAGAAGGCCCAGGAGCUAGGGCACAGUCAGAGUGCCUUAGCCUCGGCCCAACGGGAGUUGGCUGCCCUCCGCACCAAGGUACAAGACCACAGCAAGGCUGAAGAUGAGUGGAAGGCCCAGGUGGCCCGGGGCCGGCAAGAGGCUGAGAGGAAAAAUAGCCUCAUCAGCAGCUUGGAGGAGGAGGUGUCCAUCCUGAAUCGCCAGGUCCUGGAGAAGGAGGGGGAGAGCAAGGAGUUGAAGCGGCUGGUGAUGGCCGAGUCAGAGAAGAGCCAGAAGCUGGAGGAGAGGCUGCGCCUGCUGCAGGCAGAGACAGCCAGCAACAGUGCCAGAGCUGCAGAACGCAGCUCUGCUCUGCGGGAGGAGGUGCAGAGCCUCCGGGAGGAGGCUGAGAAACAGCGGGUGGCUUCAGAGAACCUGCGGCAGGAGCUGACCUCACAGGCUGAGCGUGCGGAGGAGCUGGGCCAAGAAUUGAAGGCGUGGCAGGAGAAGUUCUUCCAGAAAGAGCAGGCCCUCUCCACCCUGCAGCUCGAGCACACCAGCACACAGGCCCUGGUGAGUGAGCUGCUGCCAGCUAAGCACCUCUGCCAGCAGCUGCAGGCUGAGCAGGCCGCUGCCGAGAAACGCCACCGUGAGGAGCUGGAGCAGAGCAAGCAGGCUGCUGGGGGACUGCGGGCAGAGCUGCUGCGGGCCCAGCGGGAGCUUGGGGAGCUGAUUCCUCUGCGGCAGAAGGUGGCAGAGCAGGAGCGAACAGCUCAGCAGCUGCGGGCAGAGAAGGCCAGCUAUGCAGAGCAGCUGAGCAUGCUGAAGAAGGCGCAUGGCCUGCUGGCAGAGGAGAACCGGGGGCUGGGUGAGCGGGCCAACCUUGGCCGGCAGUUUCUGGAAGUGGAGUUGGACCAGGCCCGGGAGAAGUAUGUCCAAGAGUUGGCAGCCGUACGUGCUGAUGCUGAGACCCGUCUGGCUGAGGUGCAGCGAGAAGCACAGAGCACUGCCCGGGAGCUGGAGGUGAUGACUGCCAAGUAUGAGGGUGCCAAGGUCAAGGUCCUGGAGGAGAGGCAGCGGUUCCAGGAAGAGAGGCAGAAACUCACUGCCCAGGUGGAGCAGCUAGAGGUAUUUCAGAGAGAGCAAACUAAGCAGGUGGAAGAACUGAGUAAGAAACUGGCUGACUCUGACCAAGCCAGCAAGGUGCAGCAGCAGAAGCUGAAGGCUGUCCAGGCUCAGGGAGGCGAGAGCCAGCAGGAGGCCCAGCGCCUCCAGGCCCAGCUGAAUGAACUGCAAGCCCAGUUGAGCCAGAAGGAGCAGGCAGCUGAGCACUAUAAGCUGCAGAUGGAGAAAGCCAAAACACAUUAUGAUGCCAAGAAGCAGCAGAACCAAGAGCUGCAGGAGCAGCUGCGGAGCCUGGAGCAGCUGCAGAAGGAAAACAAAGAGCUGCGAGCUGAAGCUGAACGGCUGGGCCAUGAGCUACAGCAGGCUGGGCUGAAGACCAAGGAGGCUGAACAGACCUGCCGCCACCUUACUGCCCAGGUGCGCAGCCUGGAGGCACAGGUUGCCCAUGCAGACCAGCAGCUUCGAGACCUGGGCAAAUUCCAGGUGGCAACUGAUGCUUUAAAGAGCCGUGAGCCCCAGGCUAAGCCCCAGCUGGACUUGAGUAUUGACAGCCUGGAUCUGAGCUGCGAGGAGGGGACCCCACUCAGUAUCACCAGACAUAAAGCACUCAUGACAAUUAUACCUGAUUUGUCCCCCAACAACCCUCUGAGCAAGCUGCCUCGUACCCAGCCAGACGGCACCAGUGUCCCUGGAGAACCAGCCUCACCUAUCUCCCAGCGCCUGCCCCCCAAGGUAGAAUCCCUGGAGAGUCUCUACUUCACUCCCAUCCCUGCUCGGAGUCAGGCCCCCCUGGAGAGCAGCCUGGACUCCCUGGGAGACGUCUUCCUGGACUCGGGUCGUAAGACCCGCUCCGCUCGUCGGCGCACCACGCAGAUCAUCAACAUCACCAUGACCAAGAAGCUAGAUGUGGAAGAGCCAGACAGCGCCAACUCAUCCUUCUACAGCACGCGGUCUGCUCCUGCUUCCCAGGCUAGCCUGCGAGCCACCUCCUCUACUCAGUCUCUAGCUCGCCUGGGUUCUCCCGAUUAUGGCAACUCAGCCCUGCUCAGCUUGCCUGGCUACCGCCCCACCACUCGCAGUUCUGCUCGUCGUUCCCAGGCCGGGGUGUCCAGUGGGGCCCCUCCAGGAAGGAACAGCUUCUACAUGGGCACUUGCCAGGAUGAGCCUGAGCAGCUGGAUGACUGGAACCGCAUUGCAGAGCUGCAGCAGCGCAAUCGAGUGUGCCCCCCACAUCUGAAGACCUGCUAUCCCCUGGAGUCCAGGCCUUCCCUGAGCCUGGGCACCAUCACAGAUGAGGAGAUGAAAACCGGAGACCCCCAAGAGACCCUGCGCCGAGCCAGCAUGCAGCCAAUCCAGAUAGCCGAGGGCACUGGCAUCACCACCCGGCAGCAGCGCAAACGGGUCUCCCUAGAGCCCCACCAGGGCCCUGGAACUCCUGAGUCUAAGAAGGCCACCAGCUGUUUCCCACGCCCCAUGACUCCCCGAGACCGACAUGAAGGGCGCAAACAGAGCACUACUGAGGCCCAGAAGAAAGCAGCUCCAGCUUCUACUAAACAGGCUGACCGGCGCCAGUCGAUGGCCUUCAGCAUCCUCAACACACCCAAGAAGCUAGGGAACAGCCUUCUGCGGCGGGGAGCCUCAAAGAAGGCCCUGUCCAAGGCUUCCCCCAACACUCGCAGUGGAACCCGCCGUUCUCCGCGCAUUGCCACCACCACAGCCAGCGCCGCCACUGCUGCCGCCACUGCUGCCACCCCUCGAGCCAAGGGCAAGGCAAAGCACUAAAGGGCCAGUACCAGUGAGUGGCCCCACCUGUGUCCCUGAUGCUGACCUCACCUGGUCCUCCGCCUACUGUCCCUCUCAGUGCCUUCUCUCAGCUCCCAGGCCAACAGUAGCCAAACCCCUAGAGACAGUGAUGCCUGCCCGCACCCUGGCCUGGUCCCUGGAUCUUCACUGGCGCCUUCUCGGAGCUGGCCCAGGGGGCCUGGAGCAUGGACAGUGUGGGCGCUCUCCCUACCUUGCCUCCUUUUUUCUUAAAGCAAAGUCACUUCUCCAUCACAACCAGAUUUGAGGCUGGUCUUGAUGGCUGGGUCCUUGGGCCUGGCCAGUCUUCCUCUUAGCCUCUGGAUCUAGAAGGGACCAUAAGAGGAGUAGGCCCUGGUUCCUGCUGUCCUGGUGGCUGGGCCCAGCAGGGGCCCUCACUCUUGAAGUCCAGGACUGGGUCUGACCUGGUGGGAGCACCUGCCAGAGGAUGCUCUUUCCCAGGACGGAUGGGCCCUGUGUCUCAGGAGUGGGGUUGGGGGACAGCCUUCAGUGGCAGCUCACACCCUACCUUCCCCAGACUUGCACUGGGGUGGGAUUUGGAGUGAUGGGAAGGUUUUUAAGGGCCGGGGAUGGAUCUUUUCUAAAUGUUAUUACUUGUAAAUAAAGUCUAUUUUUCUCCCAUGA